CGGGCUCAACUUCAGUACCGACGAGCAGGCACUGGAAGACCACUUCAGCAGCUUUGGGCCUAUUUCUGAGGUGGUGGUUGUCAAGGACCGGGAAACUCAGCGAUCCCGGGGUUUUGGCUUCAUCACCUUUACCAAUCCAGAGCACGCCUCAGAUGCAAUGAGAGCUAUGAAUGGAGAGGGGGUGGAGGGCAACGGCAAACAGAGCCGGGCUGCCUGGGAGGCGACGACUGGUCCUGCAUGAGGCCGAGAAGCCACCUGUGGAUGGUUGACCUGCUCUGGGCUUAGGUAGUAGAGUCUGCAGACCUGUGGGCCUGGCCCGGAGAGGACCUCGUGAGUCUUCUGGGAUGGACUCUGAAGCCUCAAAUCGAGAGGUGUCUGUCUAGCCCUAAUAGUUGGGCAGCUUAGAGGAGUGGGGAGGAGAACUCUGCCUGAGUUCAGUCAAGAUGUAAGUAGUAGCAAGGGGGAACAUGGUGGAUUCAGGACACUGUGUGGGAUUCCAUUGCUCCUGAUGAAGCCAUUUUGGUGAGAGGAGCUUGUUUUGGAACGUGGCACCCAGAAUCUGGUGUCCAGCAGGAAUUUCUGGGCUCUUGCCCACCUGCCCAUGCCCACUCUACUGGCACCAUUGCCUUGGCUGACUACCAGUCCAUCUUCCUUGUGUCUCCCUCCCACACUUAGUCCCUGGAUGGUCGCCAGAUCCGUGUGGACCAUGCAGGCAAAUCUGCCCGGGGCACCAGAGGAGGGGGUGCUUUUGGGGCCCAUGGACGUGGUCGCAGCUACUCUAGAGGUGGUGGGGACCAGGGCUAUGGGAGUGGCAGGUAUGACAGUCGACCAGGAGGAUAUGGAUAUGGAUAUGGAUAUGGGCGAUCCAGAGACUUUAGUGGCAGAAGCCAGGGUGGUUAUGACCGCUACUCAGGAGGGAAUUACAGAGACAGUUAUGACAACUAAGAGGCUUAUAGACAUGACAUACACAAGGAAUAGCACUUCUCAUCCAGAGUCAUCCUUCCAAAUCGCUGUGUACAAAUUUUUGGAGCUGCGCUGAAACUUAUUUAGUAUAAUACCUAUUUUUGAAAGGAGCUCCCAAGGUAUCUUGUUAAAGACCUUUUAGAAAACUCUGUGUGUUCUUUAAUUUCUCCCCAUUUAAAGACAAAUUUCUGGGACAUUUGUAGAGUUAUGGGGAUUUUUCCUUUACAAAAGUUUGUACUCUCAGGAUCGUUGCUUCUGGCAAAAAAAAAAUUGCCAGACUGAUUUUUUUUAAGGGUAUCUGGGGAUAUUUUUGAAACUUGUAUACAAUUAAUAAUGACUAGAAAGUGAUGUUUGAAUGUACCUGUAAGCAGUCUGCAUCAAGUUGCCAAGAGCUGUUUAAUUGAAGAUCUACCAUCAUGAUUAUAAGAGCUUCUUAAGAAUGUUAAUGUAAUUUUUUUUUAAAUACUGGAAGAAAAAAUAUUCUUUCAUGUUUCAUGUAGUGUUUAGGGUAUUCUUCAGCGCUGAUUAAAAAGAUGAAACCUAAACACAA